AAAUAUUUCUCACAGUGCCCCCAAGUGGUAGCAGACAGCUAUGACAAGUACAUCUGAAAAAUGUGACCUGGGUACAACACAGACGGUUGGUCUGUGAGUGGGUUGAUGAUCUGCAAAGCCGUUUUGAGUCCAAUCCCAUCCCAGCAAUGAGUCAAAAGUAUCAGGAAGAUGCCACAGGCGAAGCAGACGAGGAGCAGAUGGGGGCCUCUGUGCCUCCAAGAACCAGGCAGUCCAACGGAACCAACGGCGAACCGCCCGUCCGUCGCUCCUGGAGGCCAUGUCAGAUGCAGAACCAGGAUGGGGAAAUGCCUCCUCACCAUCCCAACCGGCAUCACCACCACUCUGCACAUCAUCACCACCAUCACCACCCUGCAGGUCGCGGACCUCCUCGCCACCGCCGGCGGCCUCCGUCAGGCCAAGUUCAGAGUCCUGGUGCGGCCCCGACGGUCGUCUCUGCCAGGUCAGACGGGGCUGAAGGUCAGGAAGCUGAGCCCCGCCCCGUGCAACAACACCGCCCUGCCGUUACCCGCUACCGUCGUCAUGGUGACCCAAACCCCAGACUUAGAAAUCACAGACAGAGGCAGCAGUUUAGAGAAAUCCAGGAGUCUUCGCCUGGCGUUGGAGAGAGAGAAGGUCCAGCUGAGACACGGGAGCAGGAAGUCUGUUUUGUUGAUCCUGUACUGAACCAAUCACAAGACAGAGGAUCUCCUCAUCAGACUCCAGCUACUGUUGUUACUCCUACUCAUGUCUGUGCUGCUCCUGCAAUGAAUGACGUGCAACUUGAGCCCCAACAAACACCAGCUCAAGCUGAAGAAGACCACGUUGAGUACAAAGCAGAGCAUGAAGGGGAAUCGGAGGAAGUCAAAGAGAAAGAGAAACAAAAAGAAGUAGAGGAGGAUGGAGACUUCCAGCCCACUGGAGGGAACCCAAGCUGUAGCCACAAUGAAAGGGCAGAAGAAGCAGAAAGGGUGGAGGAGGACCGGGAAGGCGUCAUGGAGAACGCCGAAGAGGAUCCUACAGCUCAGGGAAGUGAAAUUACAGAUCUCUGCUCGGACACAGAGAGCGCCGCCUCGCUGAGCAUGGAUGGACCUCUGCACAGCCCGCCUCCUUUACAAUCCCCAACUCCUCCCUCGUCUCCUGACGUACCACCUUUCCCCCAGCUGGACCACUUCAGCGAGGACAUCAGUAUGAGCUCGCUGCCUGACAACAACCCUUUACCUGAAGAAGAGGAAGAGGAUUGCUCCGAAUCUUGCUCACUGUCUCACUCAACUUCUUGCUCCGAGUCUCACCCUAAAACCUAUGCAGAAUUUUACACGGAGUCCCACCAGAAGACAUACACAGAGCCCGUCGUCGAGUCGUAUUCUGAGCCAAAAUGUCAUCCAAACUCUUUCCCCGAGCCUCUGAAGACCUCCUACCCUGAAAUGCAGCGGGAACCUUGUCGGCAAUCUGGUUGGAGACCCGAGUCCAACAAAGCCCAGCAAGAGUCCCAGCAGGAGACCUUUGUCGGACACAGACUGAAGAGUGUUCAAAAAGGGGCGCCAUCCUCCCCUACGGAGAGUUCCCAUCACACUCCAAGGCAGGGUAGGAACCGUGGGUCCCGUCCCUUCCCUAUAGACCGCUCUGUUGGCUGCCGGCUGCACCACUACGACGGGCAGUCCGACAGCGAGGGCGACGGUGCUGAUAAAAGCCCUCUGUCCAAGACUGGUAGGCUGGCAAAUAAGCAGCCACAAACCCAACCUAAGACCCAAUCACCUGGACCGGCUGGUGUGGGUGAAGACAGGAAUUUGGCGGGUCUUUCAGGGGAAGCUACAAAAGGAUCGGGAGAUGCCAUCAGCCUGGCAAUUAAAGACAUCAAAGAGGCAAUUGAGGGAGUGAAGACCAAGGCGGUGCGGUCUCCCUACACACCAGACCAACCGGUGGAGCCGAUCUGGGUGAUGAGACAAGAGGUCAGCCCAACAGAGGAAGCAUACCCAAUGCAAACCAACACGUCUCCUCACUCCCCUUUGGAGUCUCCGUCCCGCUACAGCGUCAGUCCUCUGAGAGCCGAGACAUCCAGGAACUCGCAACAUGGCCACGCACCGCCGUCCCAACACAACCAUCACCACCACCAGGGCUACCAGUCGCAGCCACGGGCACCGCAGACCUACACACCCACGACGCCGACUCAGCAGCCGUCAGGUCAACGUCUGCAGCAGCAGCAGAGUCCGGAGCAACCUUCUGCCCAAGCGCAGCCAUCCUCGCCCCCUCAGAAGCCGUCCAACCAGGAAAUUCGCCGAGCUCUUCCUCCUUUUCCCACGUUUGUGGACGUUCCAGGACCGUGUGACCCCGAGGAUCUGAUUGACGGCAUCAUCUUUGCUGCGACCUACCUGGGCUGCACCCACCUGCUGUCGGAGCGGACGCCGUCCAAGAGCGCCCGCAUGCAGCAGGCGCAGGAGGCCAUGAGCAGAGUCCGGGCGGCUCAGAAACAGGCGAAGAACAGGAAGAAGAGUCCAGACAGCGAGAGUCCGUCCACAGCUGAGGUCGACCUGUUCAUGUCCACACAGAGGAUCAAAGUCCUCAAUGCAGACACGCAGGAGGCGCUAAUGGACCUGCCGCUGAGGACCAUAUCGUACAUCGCCGACAUCGGCAACAUGGUGGUUCUGAUGGCACGGGGUAAGAUGGUGAGGUCGCGCAGCGCUCAGGAGAACCUGGACCACACAUCUGAGCAGACGGACCUGAACCACGACGACAGGAGGAUGUACAGGAUGAUCUGCCACGUCUUCGAGUCCGAGGAUGCGCAGCUCAUCGCUCAGUCCAUUGGCCAGUCCUUCAGCGUGGCCUACCAGGAGUUCCUCAGGGCCAACGGCAUCGACCCCGAGGACCUGAGCCAGAGGGAGUACAGCGACCUGCUCAACACUCAGGACAUGUACAACGACGACCUCAUCCACUUCUCCAAGUCCGAGAACUGCAGAGACGUUUACAUCGAGAAGCAGAAAGGCGAGAUCCUGGGAGUGGUGAUCGUGGAGUCGGGUUGGGGCUCCAUACUUCCCACCGUCAUCAUCGCCAGCCUGAUGCACGGCGGGCCGGCCGAGAAGUCCGGCAGGCUGAACAUCGGAGACCAAAUCAUGACGAUAAACGGGACGAGCCUGGUGGGGUUACCACUCAGCACCUGCCAGAGCAUCAUCAAGGGUCUGAAGUCUCAGUCGAGGAUCAAGAUGAACAUCGUCCGCUGUCCUCCGGUUACCAUGGUGCUGAUCCGACGGCCGGACCUGCGGUACCAGCUGGGCUUCAGCGUCCAGAACGGGAUCAUCUGCAGCYUGAUGAGAGGCGGCAUCGCUGAGCGCGGCGGCGUCCGCGUUGGCCACCGCAUCAUCGAGAUCAACGGACAGAGCGUCGUGGCAACGCCUCACGAAAAGAUCGUCCAGAUCCUGUCCAACGCCAUGGGAGAGAUCCACAUGAAGACGAUGCCUGCAGCCAUGUAUCGUCUGCUGACGGCGCAGGAGCAACCCGUCUACAUCUGAGCUGCUCUACUCCAAGCCCCGCCCCUUAUUCUGGAUCGAUCUCACUGGACUUGCCUUAAUCUGUACAGCUGACUGUCGUGUAAAUCGUCUGCGGUGUGGCAGCAGAAGGCAAACCGUCUCACUUUAGGCCGAGUGUUAAUGUGACAUUUUAGGUUCGACCAAAGAUAAUCUGUGGGUUUGGUUUUUUUUCUUGUGUAUAUUUAGGCUGCAAACAGAGACGAUAUUAGAUCGGGUUGAAUAGCCGUAAUAUCUGAAUGUAUUUCAAUCAUGAUGGACCUAUAAUAUGAAAGAGGAUUGCAUGUACAAUUCUGCAGAAUAAAUGUAUGAAAAUAUGAUGAA